AUGUGGGGCUGCGCGCGGUGGCGGGGCUGCCCGCGGGGGCUGCGGCGCGGCCGAGGGGGGCUGCUGCUGCUGCUGCUGCUGCUGCCGGCGCUGGCGCUGCUGCUGGCGCUGGCCGGGCUGGGCUCGCUGGGGCGCCCGCGGCUCGGCUCCCCGGGGUUCGUGGCACCGCCGCGCGCCUCCCGCUCCGCGGCGCGGCGCGCCCCGGUCCUGCCCCGGCCGCCCGUGGCCCCGAACGCGCUGGGCGCGCAGGGCGAGGCGGUGCGGCUCUCGCUGCAGGGCGAGGAGCUGCGGCUGCAGGAGGAGAGCGUGCGGCAGCACCAGAUCAACAUCUACCUCAGCGACCGCAUCUCGCUGCACCGCCGCCUGCCCGAGCGCUGGAACCCGCUGUGCAGAGAGCAGAAGUACAAUUAUGAAAGUCUGCCAACGACGUCCGUGAUCAUCGCGUUUUAUAACGAAGCUUGGUCAACCCUCCUUCGCACCGUUUACAGUGUCCUCGAGACGUCCCCAGACAUCCUGCUGGAGGAGGUCAUCCUGGUGGAUGACUAUAGUGAUAGAGAGCACCUGAAGGAGCGCCUGGAAGCCGAGCUGGCCCACCUGCCCAAGGUGCGCCUCAUCCGCGCCACCAAGAGGGAGGGCCUGGUGCGUGCCCGGUUGCUCGGUGCUUCGGGGGCCAAGGGCGACGUCCUCACCUUCCUGGACUGCCACUGCGAGUGCCACGAGGGCUGGCUGGAGCCGCUGCUGCAGAGGAUCGGGGAGGAGGAGACGGCGGUGGUGUGCCCCGUGAUCGACGUGAUUGACUGGAACACUUUUGAGUACCUGGGCAACUCCGGAGAGCCUCAGAUCGGUGGCUUUGACUGGCGGCUGGUGUUCACGUGGCACGUGGUCCCUGAGCGGGAGCGGAAGCGGAUGCGGUCCCCCAUCGAUGUCAUCAGGUCCCCGACAAUGGCUGGUGGGCUGUUUGCUGUGAGUAAGAAAUAUUUUCAGUAUCUGGGGUCUUAUGAUACAGGAAUGGAAGUUUGGGGCGGAGAAAACCUCGAAUUCUCCUUUCGGAUCUGGCAGUGCGGUGGGACCCUGGAGACGCACCCCUGCUCACACGUCGGCCACGUCUUCCCCAAGCAAGCUCCCUACUCACGCAAAAAGGCUCUGGCCAACAGUGUCCGCGCUGCCGAAGUGUGGCUGGAUGAGUUCAAGGAGCUCUUCUACCACCGCAACCCCCACGCACGCCUGGAGUCCUUUGGCGACGUGACCGAGAGGCAGCAGCUCCGUGAGAAGCUCAAGUGUAAGGACUUCAGGUGGUUCCUGGAGAACGUGUAUCCUGAGCUGCACGUGCCCGAGGACCGGCCCGGCUGCUUCGGGAUGCUCCAGAAUAAAGGACUGCAAGGACUCUGCUUUGACUAUAAUCCUCCUGAUGAGAACCAGAUUGUGGGGCACCAGGUCAUUCUGUACACCUGUCACGGCCUGGGCCAGAACCAGUUCUUCGAGUAUACAUCCCGGAAGGAGAUCCGCUACAACACCCACCAACCUGAGGGGUGCGUGGCGGUGGAGGCGGGCGGGGAGAGCCUGAUCAUGGAGCUCUGCCAGUACCCGGUCCCCGAGAACCACUACUUCCUCCUGCGCCCGGAUGGUUCUUUGUUUCACGAACAGUCGAAGAAAUGUGUUCAGGCCGAGAAGGAAUCCAACGACAAGUUUGUCCCACUCUUACGGGACUGCACCCUCUCAAGCCGUCAGCAGUGGUUCUUCCAGGAACAGAUGCUAUGA